AGCACUACUCUCCAGAAGAAUUCGCGCGUUUACUGGUCCGUCCGAGAAAAACGUUGCGAAGAAAAAGAAAACAUGAGACCAUCGAUGCAAAUGCACGAAAAAACUCAACCGCUCCCUCUUCCUCUCAUUCUACUUUCUUGCAAUCACUGAUUUUCCUUCUUCCAUUCCUGAUGUCUUUUGUAUUCUGGACUUGCUUUCAAUUGCCACCAAUCUUCCAAUUUUUUAUGCCAAUAUCUGAUUUCAUUCCAUGAAUUAUUUUUCAUAACCAUAACCAUAACCAAUACUAUAUAUACAAUCAUUUAUUGCUUCCGUUUCUGUGUACAAUUCAUGGAGAUUAAUGGCUCCCGUGGACCCCCUCUCAGCCAAUUGUCUUCUUUGCAGUUGCAGAUGGGUUCCAUGAGUGGUAAAUCAAUACAUGAGUUUGAGGAUGAAAGCCUUGCUAGUCCUCCUUUGGCUCUCCCAAGGAAAGGGCUUCCCAUGGAUGGGCAGCAUUACGGCAUUGUUGGCCAAGAAUGGAACUUUGAAAAUUUAAAGAGCAGAUUGAUCAAGAACUUAAAGAUUGUAAUUUUUACAGAAAAAAUUAAUAUACUCAUGCCUUUAGGCCCUGCUGCAAUUAUCGUUAACCAUUUAACAGCUCAUCAUGGAUGGGUAUUCUUGCUAAGCAUGUUGGGUAUUAUACCGCUGGCUGAGCGCUUGGGUUUUGCAACAGAGCAACUAGUAUUCUUCACAGGUCCUACAGUUGGGGGUCUUUUAAAUGCUACAUUUGGAAAUGCAACAGAACUAAUAAUAUCAAUCUUUGCACUGGAAAAUGGAAUGAUACGCAUAGUUCAGCAGUCACUUCUUGGAUCAAUAUUGUCAAAUAUGUUGCUGGUUCUUGGAUGUGCAUUCUUCAGUGGUGGGUUGGUUUUCUAUAAUAAGGAGCAGGUCUUUGACAAGUCAGCUGCUGUAAUGAACUCUGGUUUGCUAUUGAUGGCGGUCAUGGGAUUACUUUCUCCAGCGGUUCUCUACUACACUCAUACUGAACUUCACUUUGGCAAGUCAGAAUUAGCCCUUUCCAGAUUUACUAGCUGCAUAAUGCUGGUGGUUUAUGCCUCAUAUAUUUUUUACCAGCUGAAAAUUCAGAAAGGCAAUCAUGAUCAUCAAAAUGAGGCAGUAGGCCAGAAUGUGGAAAGUGAAGAUGAUGAAGCCCCUGAGAUUUCUAAAAUGGAAGCUAUCAUUUGGCUAGCAUUUUUUACAGGUUGGAUUGCAGUCCUCUCUGAGUAUCUAGUCCAAGCAAUAGAAGGGGCUUCAAUUGCACUUAAAAUACCUCUUGCUUUCAUCAGUGUCAUCUUGCUUCCAAUUGUGGGAAAUGCUGCUGAGCAUGCAAGUGCCAUCAUGUUUGCAAUGAAAGAUAAACUUGAUAUUUCUCUUGGAGUUGCAAUCGGAUCAUCUACACAGAUAGCCAUGUUUGGGAUACCAUUUUGUGUGAUAAUAGGAUGGAUAAUGGGAAUACCAAUGGACCUUAACUUUCAACUUUUUGAGACAGCCACUCUCUUCAUUACAGUAAUAGUUGUUGCCUUUAUGCUCCAGGAUGGCACUUCUAAUUACUUUAAGGGGUUGAUGCUUAUCCUUUGCUAUCUGAUAGUAGCUGCUAGUUUUUAUGUGCAUGUUGACCCUCAAUCUAUUGGUGAACCUCCAGGUGUGUAGGAGCCAAUUAGCCUUGAGUUUAUUCCUAAAGAAAGGACACAAGUUCGCGGUAAACAAGUUCCUGACAAAUACUUUGUUUUGUACAGUUCUCCUGGGUGCCAAGCAUCACAGCAUGCAUUAACCAAAAUAUUUAAGAGAAGCUAUCUAGUAGAGUUUUUAGGCUUUUAGACUUAUUCAUGUAAUAUCAUGUGAUAAAAUGUUCCCACAGAUAAUGAAUUUUUGGUUCUGACUUAACUUUUUGACAUUUGUUAUAGAUGAUGACUGCCUCCUUCUGCAAGAACUUUGUUUUUGUUUCUUUGAU